UAAACGUCGUACUGUAAGGGACACGUCCCACAGGUCCGGGUUUGCUGUGACUUCUUCCAACGCACCACAUUGGACUUCAAUAGGCGAGAAUGACUGUGUCCAAGCGCGUCGCCAAUGCGAAGAGUGGCAAGUUCCACCAGGGCGUCCAUAAGCGUGGCCUUGCGGACGAGACCAAGCAGAAGAAGUCGAGCAAGCUGCCUGUGGGACCUGUGAUGCUGGGAUUCUUCAUUUUUGUUGUCAUUGGUUCAGCUAUCCUUCAAAUCAUCCGGCAGGCCACCAACCCUCGAGAGCUGCCAGCCUGACGGUCUUCCUUGGACAGCUCAGAGCUCUAGACAAGAUGACGGGCUUAGAGGGGGGGGCGGAUGUAUAUAUUGGGGACAGCUACUGCUCUAGCGUACGACUGGUUUCUCGUGCCGUCGUGCACAGCAGGAAAUGCUGAAAUAAUGGCUAGGGUACCAAACCCAGGAACCUGCGAAGGUGCAUGUAUAGCAUCUAGUUUGCCAACAGACAGGACGUAGAUUGACCUCGUGGCACAGAAAUUGUACUUACGACCCUUGUAUUACUUCUAUUGCGGCAGCUUUGCCAAGGGUACAUGCAGUGAUGUGUGUAACUGCUUGAACUUUUUAUGUAUUAUACGAUUUGUAAAACACUGUUGUUCUCA